ACAUCUGUCAAAAUAGUCCCUGGCAUGGCUCACUAGUCAAAACAAAUGUUCUAGUCAAUUUUCGGAUGUUUUUCAUUUUAUAAAUUCAAAGUUCAAACAGAUUCAUAUUACAUACCACCUCCGUCAGCGAAAAUGUACUUCAAAUGAUCUACUAAAUUAAAACAUCAAGUGCCUGUUAAGAAAAUAAAUUCCUAGUGAAAACCAAACAAAAACAUGACUUCUAAAUCUGAAGAUAAAAUAAGAAAAUCUGGACAAUCAAUAGAAACGCUUGUAAAGCUAAAAGAUGAAGAUUGGAGUACAACACCUGAAUUUAUCUACGGUGGGCCCUUUAUUACAAAGGGUACAACUUCCCCAUUCAUGAAUACCGCCACUCCAAUAAAUCUGCAGUUACAAGGAACCUUUAAAAAGAGCUUCGCGUAUUACUCACUAAAGGAUCGAUUGCCUGUUAUUAUCACCAAGAUCAUCGACAGUUUGUCCAGAGGAGGGGCCAAGGGCAAAGGCAGUGACGAAGAUGUUCGCAACUAUAUACAGUACCUGACCGAGCUGAAAAGUGAUUUGAUCACCAACAAACAGUACAAACUCCUCACCGUGGACACUCCUGAAGCCAAGAGAUGGAACCAAUGGAUCGAGGACUCUCCCAACCAAUAUUACUUCACCAAUACCUGGGUUUUCACGGAAUGCUACGUGUAUCGGAGGAUCAGAGAAGGUUGUGAAUUGAACAAAGGCCUGAUAAAUUUCGAUCCGUUUGAAGAACAAAAGGCGAAAUCUUUUAGUAACAGCUUGGAGCCGAUGUGUGUUGUGGCUGAGAAAGUGAUAACGAUGCUUGAUCCAAGCGAAAAGGAUAAAAGGAAAGCUGACUUCAUCAUGUUACUCAAGAUAUGUCUAUGGUCGAACAAAUGCGAUCUCUCUUUGUCCAUGGGUGAGGAAGUGACGCUAAAGAACGAAGGAGUCCCGAAAAGUCCUUCCAAGGACCUUGUGGAUCCUAUUCAGAUGAUUAUUGACCUCAAAGAUAAGAUUCUUGUGGAUGAUUCUUCCAAAAUAGUUGACCAAGUAGUUUCGAGAUCAGAGGCUAUCUUGAAAAUUAUGGAUGAGAACACAUCAUACCGGAAAUGCAGUUGCCACAGAUUGGCGACAUUAGCUGCCGUGCCUCAGUGUAAACCCGAAGAAGCUCCUCCAGCACCAACUGAGAAUCCAGAAGACAACCCCACGCCAGAAGGAGAGGAGCCACCAAAACCGAAAUCCUGCCCAGCGAAGGUCACAAAGCCUCUGAAUCUUAUGUUCGAUAUUGUGUGCGACAACGCCGGCUACGAGUUGUUCAGUGAUCUCUGCCUGGCACACUUCCUUAUCUCGCAAAAGAUUGCAAAUAAGAUUAGAUUCCACGUGAAGAGCAUACCAUGGUUCGUUUCUGACGUCACGCCCAAAGAUUUCGAUUUUGUGAUCAAUUCGUGCGUGAACGGAUGUUUCGAGAAAGUAGUCAAGGUGGAACCGAAACCAGCAGCGUCGGAAGGGCAGCCACCGGAAGAAGAAGCGCCACGCGUGAUCAACGCAGACGCUCUGAAGCUACUUGGUCAGACCUGGGCGAACUUCGUGGCUGAUGGGACCUUUGUUGUCCUGUGCGAUGACUUUUGGACGUCGCCGCACACCUUCAAAGACAUGAAGAAGAUCCAGCCGUAUCUAUACAGGGACCUUCAGUUCGCCGUCGCGGUUCUCUUCAAGGGAGACCUCAACUACAGGAAGCUGCUGGGGGAGAGGAACUGCAACCCCUCGCUGGGAUUCGAACCCGCACUACAAGGAUUCCUACCAGCGCCUGUGAUAGCACUGCGCACUGUGAAAGCUGAUCUGAUAUGCGGACUGCCCAAAGGCAAGUGGGAACAGCUCAAUAAAAUUGAUCCGAAGUGGAUGGAGAAGGGAGAUUACGGAGUGAUACAGUUCUGCGGCAAAUGCGAGCCGCUAAAGGUGUUUGACCGGCCGUGUGCCUUAUACGGGGACACGUGCCGCGGAAUCAAGUGCUUCUAACUGGCAACAUCAGCUACAGCGGAAUUCAUUAGUUACAAAUUCAAAUCACGGCUAUGGAACAUGGACAUCAAAAAUAACGGAUAUGGUACCCUAUGCACACUAAAAAUCAGAAAAUAUAGUUUUUGAUUGUUACAUUAUUUUAUUAAAAUAAAUUUAUACAAUAUUUAA